CCGCCCCCGCCCCGCCAUGCGCCCGCCCGUGCUGCUCUGCCUCGGAGCCUGCCUCAGCGCCGCCGCCGCCGCCUUCUUCAGCCGCGACGGCGACUACCGCCUGGCCGGGCUCUUCCAGCUCCACGGGCUCGCGCCGCGGGCCGCCGCCCGCCCGCUCGUGGACGACUGCGACGAUGCUGCUGCCUUCAAGAGCCACGGCUACCAACUCUUCCAGACCAUGCGGUUCACCCUGGAGGAGAUAAACAACUCCAGCUCCCUCCUCCCCAACGUCACCUUGGGCUACGAGAUCUACGACACCUGCUCCGAGUCUGCCAACAUAUACGCGACGCUGCACGCCCUCGUCCAGAAGGGGCGACACGACAUUGAGAUGCUCCACGCCUUCCAGCACUACGAGCCCACGGUUGUGGCUGUCAUUGGGCCUGACAGCACCCAGCUGGCCCUCACCACGGCCGCUAUCCUGGGCGUCUUCCUUGUGCCAGAGAUCAGUUAUGAAGCCUCCUUGGAGAAACUGAGCCUGAAGCGGUUCUACCCCUCGUUCUUGCGCACCAUCCCCAGCGAUAGGCAGCAAGUGAAAGCCAUUGCACUGCUGCUGCAAAGCUUCAGGUGGACUUGGGUUGCUCUGCUGGGCAGUGACAACGCCUACGGCAGGGAUGGGCUAAAUGCCCUCUAUGAUCUGCUGGUCGCAAGUGACGUGUGUGUUGCCUACCGAGGCAUCAUCCCCACGAACAAGGACGCCAGCAGCCCAGAGCUCCACAGGCUGGUCGGAAUCCUCAUGGACAUCAGGGUCAAUGUCACUGUUGUCUUCUCCAACAUAAACAGUGCCCGGCCUUUCUUUGAGGUGGUGGUGCAGAAGAACAUCACAGGCAUGGUGUGGGUGGCCUCUGAAGACUGGUCUUUGGCCCAAAACAUCUGGCAAGUGCCUGGCAUCCAAAAUACCGGCUCUGUGAUUGGGAUGUCAGUUGAGCAGGCAGAGUCUACAAUGCUGGAACGCCUUGAAUCUUGGAAAUAUGCAGAAGAACGCGCUGCGUCUGAAAGUGCUGGCAGCACGGGGGCAGGUGGGGAAAACAGAAGUAGCAGCAGCGAGAGUACCUGGCCGAACUGCACCCAGCAGUGCCCAGGAUGCCACCUGCUCGCCAUGGCCCCCAACAUAUACGACACUCAGGCCUCUAACAACGUGUACUCAGCUGUGUACGCAGUGGCCCACGGUCUCCAUGACCUGCUGGGCUGUGCCUCGGGGGUGUGCAGCAAAGACAGAGUCUAUCCCUGGCAGCUCCUACAAAAAAUCAAGCAGGUAAACUUCAGCCUGCACAACAGCCAGAUCUGUUUUGAUGCCAAUGGGAACAUUCAUAAAGGUUACGACAUCAUCAUGUGGAAUUGGAGCGGCCUGAGCUGGGCUUUUGAUGUGGUCGGAACUUUCACUGUGAACCCUGACAGGCUGCUCCUUAACCGCAGCAAAAUCCUGUGGCAUACAAAAGAUCACCAGCAGAAAUGGCCGGCUCUGACUAACAGUGGGAGCAGGGAAUCCCUAAAGACCCCGAUCUGCAUUCCUCAUCCUGUGGCCAGGCCUGCAGGAGAGCUGCUGCAGACCCUUCCCUGCCUCGGCAGGUCACUGCUGCGUGCAGGAGCCCCUUCCCCUCCUGCAGCCCGUGCUCCCCUAAGCCUUGUCCCACCUGGCAGCGGACUUUUGGGAAGUCCUCUGGGGGAGCUUUUGGGAAAAGAGCCCUCGCUGCUCCUGCAGGCUCAGAAGCACCUGAGGGGAAGGAGCGGGACCAGAGGGGAGGGCAGCUCUAGCAGGCAGCCGGGGGUGCGGGGCACCGUGAGGUCAGGGCGCUCCCCCAGGGCAGGUCACUUACCGGGGCCCGCGGCGCGCAGCGCGGCUCAGCCGCUGUCCGGGCGCGUGUCUCCUCCAGACCUCUACGCCUGCCAGGCCUGCGGGGCGGACGAGUGGUCCCCGGCGAGCAGCGAGGUUUGCUUCAACCGCACCGUGGAGUUCCUGUCCUGGGCCGAGCCGCUCUCCUGGGCGCUGCUGACCCCCGUCGCGCUGCUCCUGCUGCUCCUGGCCGCGCUGGCCGCGCUCUUCGCCCGGCACGCCUCCACGCCGGUGGUCAGGGCGGCGGGCGGGCGGCUCUGCUUCCUCAUGCUGGGCUCCCUGGCCUGCGCCUGCGGCAGCCUCUUCUGCUACUUCGGGGCGCCCACGCGGCCCUGCUGCCUGCUGCGCCUCCCGCUCUUCGCCGUCAGCUUCGCCGUCUUCCUCUCGAGCGUGGCCACGCGCUGCCUGCGGCUCGUCGCCAUCUUCAAGCUGCGCGGCCGCUGCCCGCGGCUCCGCCGGGCCUGCCUGCGGCGCGGCGCCCCGGCGCUCCUCAUCGCGGCCGGCGCGGCGGCGCAGGCGUCGCUGUGCCUGGCGGCGGCGGUCACCGCCCCCCCGGGGCCGCGCGGGCGCCGCGAGGCGGCGGCGGAGCGCCCGGCGCUCGAGUGCGGCGGGGGCGGCGCGGCGGGCGCCGCGGCCGCGGCCUUCAACGUGGCGCUGAGCGGCGGCUGCUUCGCGCUGAGCUACGCGGGCAAGGACCUGCCCGCCGGCUACAACGAGGCGCGCUGCCUGACCUGCGGCCUGCUGCUGCACCUCGCCUGCGCCGCCGCCGCGCUCUGCACGCAGGGCGCCUUCCGCGGCCGCUCGGCGGCGGCGGCGGCCGUGCUGGGCGCGCUGGGCACGCUGGCGCCGCCGCUGGCCGGGUACUUCGUGCCGCGCGCCCUCGCCCUGCUGCUGCGCCCGCGCCUCAACACGGCCGCGCACUUCCGCGGCGCCAUCGGCAGCUACGCGCGGCGCCGCGCCGCCCGCUGA